GCCACUUUAUGCCAACAUCAUUUUGAAUGUCUUGUAACGAUUGUUUUUUUCUUUUUUUAGGUCAAGACAACAUCCUUGCUGCUAUUACAGAUUUGGUUUUAAGAUUGGAUAGGGUUGAACAAAUAAUCCAAAAAGAUGUUUCUGAUGUGGUUUCAUUGGGAGAAGAUUUUCAGUUGUUUCCCAUCAGAGAGACUAAAUAUGUAUUCAAAUUAGAAAAAGACUUAAACAAUGAGGAUUUCAAGAAAAAAAUAUUUUCACACUUCGGCAGAAUUAUUGGAACAUCAACUCCAUGGAAAACGGCAUGUUACAAAUUAUGUAACAUAAUAUUUACUAAAGAAGUGCUAACAUGCUUUUCUUGGACAGGCAUGAGCCGAAACAAUAAUAAAGAGGCCUUUAAAAAUUUAAAAAAUACUCUCGAUAUUUUUUAUAGAGCAGUAUAUAAAGCUGACAAUACAUUUUCAUACUCUCAAAGGGAUGCUUUCUUCCGAGACGGAAUUUUAAAACACAGUAAUACUCGUUUGAAACAAAGCCAAAAACUAAAGCAAAGGAAUGGCAAAGGAGUAGAAAAAGAAAGGGAAGAGGGAGGAAAAACAGGAGAAGAGGAAGAAGAGAAUGAAAAUGAAGAAAUGCAGGAUUACAGAGAAGCACCAGAUGAAAUAGAAGAGGAAUUGAAAUUAGAGAAUGGUGAAGAAGAAAAACAAAUGAUGGAGCAGGAAAGAGAAGAAAUGAUGGAGCAGGAAAGAGAAAUAAUAUUUGAAUAUGAGGAAGUAGAAGAUUCAGAUAAAGAGGAUAUCAAAAUUUUGAUGCAAAAUUGCCGUUCAGUAGACAAUUAUUGGUAAUUGCGUAAGCAUGCAGGGCCUCAAUUUUUGACCCUUCGCUUCGUUAUCGAACGUAUUCGUUUCGUAUCUGUUUAGUAUAUGAAGCGAAUACGUUCGAUAAUGAAGCGAAGGGUCAGAAAUCGAGACCCUUCCGUUUUAUUUCUUGCCAAUAAAAAAUUAGUUUUAAUUUCUUAGUCUUAGUCUUUAUUAAUACUUUUGUAUUGUUCGUCCGCUAUAACUUUUCCCAUGCGUCACGAUUCAUUUUCAAACAAAUUAAGUCAAAACAUAAAGUGAAACGAACGUUGAUGUGUAUAUACAUAUUUUUGUAUACAUACUAUAUACUACAUAUAUUGGCGUACGUUUCACUUUAUGCUUUGCCUUAAUUUGUUUGAAAAUAAAUCGUGACGCAUGGAAAAAGUUAUAGCGGACGAACAAUAUUUACUUCUAUUUUAAAUGUUUGUUGCUUUUUUAGAUUUUAAGGGUAGAAAUGUAAUGUAAAUAAAACAAUAAAACAGUGAAUUUUAUAAA